AUGGCGCCCGCAAAGAUGCCCUUGCGCGCCGAUGAGGAGCUGGGCAAGAAAGACGACGAUCUCCACUCCAACCAGGCACGAUUGCGUCCUGCACAAAAUCGCAUGUACCCUCGCCCUCGUCGGAUAUUGAUCGCUGUUUUUGUUUUGGUACUCUUGUAUCAAUUCUUCAAGCACAUGCCCACCGAUAUUGCCCCGGCCGCCGAACGAUACAACCCGACGAUUGCGCGUUUAAGACACCCUCCUCCUCCUUCGCCGCCGCAAUCAGCUCCGGUUCAGUCGCCUGCUAUAUUUAAAGCCGAGGAUCCACCACGAUACGUGCCACAAACAGAUGCCGAAGGAGAGACUUUUGAUGGGGCGAUCAAGUUCUAUGAACUGGCCAGGUCUCUUCCCCCCAACAAGCACCCGGAGCGCAAACCUAGCCGUGCAGUGCUUUUUGCCGGCUCGAACCUGCAUUGUGUCUCUGACAUGUUGCCUUUGGCCUGUCAAAUGGCGCGCAAGCAAUUUAAUCGUGUACAUUUUGUUAUCAUGGGCAAGGAACAAGUUUCCAUUGAAGGAAUCAAAACAGUAAACGGGAUUUCAGACGCAGAAUGCCCUAUGACAUGGCAUGACGGUCGACCGGAUCAUUUGUCUGAAUCUUCCGAUGCUCGCAUGGAACGAUCUGCUUCCGGGGGCCUUGGUUUGAUUCAAGCAUAUGUGGCUCCAGAAGUUAUCAUCACACAGCAAAAAGGCUGGGAAGACUCCUUCUUUCUGAAUGGGUUGGAAAUUCAUAAACGGAAAGCUGAAAUUCCUCAUAUUGCGCUUCCCUCAGCUUCCAGAGACCUCAUGUGGAUUUCCUUCAUCGAUAGCACUGCUUUGAAAGUCUGGAAUGAUAUUCGCGUUGACAUGGUCGUUCACGCAUCGAAAUCAUCAGGGUCUCUGAUAAGACUCAUCCGGUCCUUAGAUGCUGCGGACUAUCUUGGAUCAACACCCAGCUUGACCAUCGAGCUGCCGCCAUCUCUCGAUCCUCAGUUGCGUGGCAUUUUGCAGAAUUUGCAAGGACUGUCUAAGCUUGCGGGGCGCAUUACUCUUCGGCGGCGUAUUGACCCACGCUACAUGGACCCAGCGGAUUCGUCUCUUCGCACAGUAGAAGGCUUUUACCCAAUAAAUCCCCGCUUGUCUCACUUGCUCAUUUUAUCUCCACAGACGGAAGUGGCACCUUCAUUCUACCAUUAUCUUAAGUACAACAUUCUGCAGUACAAACAGAGUACACGCGCUAAGCAGACCGCAUUGGAUCUCAUGGGAAUUUCUUUGGAGCUGCCAUCUUCGAAGCCCACGAUUGACAAAGAACCGUUCAGCCCGCCGUCAUUGUUAUCGAUGGAUGAUAUCAAGAAAAAUGGACCGCACUCCAUCCCAUCCUUUUUGUGGCAAGCGCCAAACUGCAACGCGGCGUUGUUCUUCGGUGACAAGUGGACCGAGUUUCAUUCCUUCCUCUCGAGUCGCUUGGGGGUUUCAGAGACGAAGACGAAUAUCGCCUCUCAAGACAAGAUCAUAUCCAGGAGAUACCCAGCCUUUAUGGAAUAUCUUUUGGAAUUGAUGCGAGCCAAAGGAUACUACAUGUUGUACCCGUCAUUUCCCGGCCAUACUGCAGCAUCUCUGGUGACAGUGCAUCAUGAUCUCUAUCAUUCACCGGAAGAGUAUGCCCACGAAGUCAGUCUCAACACCGGCAAAAUCCCCAUUCCUGAAAUCGAUAAUCCCGAUAGGCCCCUUGAGCCACUGAUGGACGAUAUCCCUGAGAAACCAUCAACUCGAGCACCUAAUAUUAUGCCUCUCCUUGAUAUCUUCGAAUCCGGCCUUCCAGAUGUUGAGGAGUUGUCCUUGUUGUCUUACGACGGAAAGGAAUUGACACCGGAGACAUACUAUAGCCAAACCAGGGAAUACGCUGAGAAGUUUCGACUACAACAGGGACACUGUACUCAGGAUAGUACAGUAACGGAGGGACCUGGUCUAGAUCUAUUCUGUCUUGGCUGA